CCCAGGCUGGCGGAGACCUGGCAGAUGCUGGGACUUGCUGCCUGGCACCAGCCACUGUGGGGUGGUCCGGAGCCUCACCCCAACUGCAGGGAGUCGCCGCUGGAGAGGGGCUCGGCGCCCGGUGGGGACUGCAGGCAAUGACUCAGGAUGCUGCCAGGGGCCACGACGUGCACGGAGGACCGCAUCCAGCAUGCCCUGGAGCGCUGCUUGCACGGACUGAGCCUUGGCCGCUGCUCUGCUCCCUGGUCAGCCGGGCUUUGUCUGAACUGUUGGAGCCUACAGGAGCUAGUCAGCAGGGACCCAGGCCACUUCCUCAUCCUCCUGGAGCAGAUCCUGCAGAAGACCCAAGAGGUUCAAGAAAAGGGCACCUAUGACCUCCUCGCCCCACUGGCUCUGCUCUUCUAUUCAACUGUCCUUUGUACACCACACUUUCCACCGGACUCAGAUCUCCUUCUGAAGGCAGCCAGAACCUACCACUGCUUCCUGACCUGGCCAGUUCCCUACUGCAGCAUCUGCCAGGAACUGCUCACCUUCAUUGAUGCCGAACUCAAGGCCCCAGGGAUCUCCUACCAGCGGCUGGUGAGGGCUGAGCAGGGCCUGCCCAUCAGGAGACACCGAAGUUCUACAAUCACUGUGUUGUUGCUGAACCCAGUGGAGGUACAGGCAGAAUUUCUCGCUGUGGCAGACAAGUUGAGCACUCCUGGACAGUCACCCCACAGUGCCUACACCACCCUGCUCCUGCAUGCCUUCCAGGCCACUUUUGGGGCCCACUGUGACCUCCCCAGCCUGCACCAUAGGCUUCAGUCCAAGACACUGGAAGAGCUUGAAAACAUCUUCACAGAGACGACAGAAGCCCAGGAACUGGCAUCUGGCAUCGGGGAUGUUGCAGAGGCCCGGCAGUGGCUUCGGACCAAGCUGCAAGCAGUGGGAGAAAAAGCGGGCUUCCCUGGGGUCUUAGACACUGCAAAACCUGGGAAACUCCACACAAUCCCCAUCCCUGUCGCCAGGUGCUACACCUACAGCUGGAACCAGGACAGCUUUGACAUUCUACAGGAAAUCCUCCUCAAGGAACAGGAACUACAGCCAGGGAUCCUAGGAGAUGAUGAAGAUGAGGAGGAAGAGGAGGAGGAAGAGGAGGAUUUGGAGACAGAUCAGCAUUGUGCUGAGAGAGACUCGCUGCUCUCCACCAGCUCUCUGGCAUCUCACGACUCCACUCUGUCACUCACCUCCUCCCAGGCCUCAGGGUCAACACUCUCCAGCCAGGUGUUGACCACCUUCGUCUCAGGUCUCUCAGAUGGCAUGGACAGUGGCUAUGUGGAGGACAAUGAGGAGAGUUCCUCAGAGUGGACCAAGAGGCCUGGCAGCCGGGAACACAGGGGCCACCGCAGGCCAGGGCAGAAGUUCAACAGGAUCUAUAAACUCUUGAAGAACACCAGCCAGCUGGUCUUGCGAAGGGACUCUCGGAGCCUGGAGAGCAGUCCAGACCCAACUCUGCCCCUGCGGCGGGCAGGAAGCCUCUGCAGCCCCCUGGACUGUCCAGCUCAGCUCCCUUCCCGGGCCCAGCGCUCUCGCUCCCUGCCUCAGCCCAAGCUCAGUACCCAGCUGCCCAGCUGGCUCCAAGCACCCCCCUCACGCCACCAACGCCGCCGCCCCUUCCUCAGUGGGGAUGAAGACCCCAAGGCUUCCACACUACGGGUUGUGGUCUUUGGUUCUGAUCGGAUUUCAGGGAAGGUGGCUCGGGCAUAUAGCAAGCUCCGGAGGCUGGAGAACAGUCACCCACUCCUCACACGGUUCUUCAAGCUUCAGUUCUUCUAUGUGCCUGUGAAGCAAAGCCAUGGGACCAGCUCUGGUGCCUGCCCAUCCCCUGUGAACCGGACGUCCCCACUCCCUGCUGACUCCCUGAGGCACACUAACCCUGCAGAGCUGGGCACAACCCCAUGGGAGGACAGUACCAAUGACAUCUCUCACUACCUCGGUAUGCUUGACCCCUGGUAUGAACGCAAUGUGCUGGGCCUCAUGCACCUGCCUCCUGAAGUCUUGUGCCAGCAGUCCCUGAAGGCAGAGUCCAGACCCCUGGAGGGCUCCGCAGCCAAGCUGCCCAUCCUGGCCGACAUGCUGCUCUACUACUGCCGCUUUGCUGCCCGCCCAGUUCUGCUGCAGGUCUACCAGACAGAGCUGACCUUCAUCACUGGGGACAAGACCACAGAGAUCUUCAUUAACUCUCUGGAGCUGGGUCACUCGGCUGCCACACGGGCUAUCAAGGCUUCAGGUCCUGGCAGCAAGAGGCUGGGCAUUGAUGACGACCGAGAGGCCGUCCCUCUAACACUACAGAUUAUUUACAGCAAGGGAGCCAUCAGUGGGCGAAGCCGUUGGAGCAACCUGGAGAAGGUCUGUACCUCUGUCAACCUCAACAAGGCCUGCCAGAAGCUGGAGGAGCUAGACUCCAGCAUGGAGGCCCUGACGCUAACCCUGACAGAAGUGGUGAAAAGACAGAACCCCAAGUCCAAAAAGGGCUUUAACCAGAUUAGCACGUCCCAGAUCAAAGUGGACAAAGUGCAGAUCAUCGGCUCCAACAGCUGUCCCUUUGCUGUGUGUCUGGACCAGGAUGACAGGAAGAUCCUGCAGAGUGUGGUCAGGUGCGAAGUAUCACCCUGCUACAAGCCAGAGAAGAGUGGUCUGCCGCCCCAGAGGCCCUUUGGUCAGCCAGCACAGGCUGGGCCUGACCUGUGCUCCCUUCUCUGCCUCCCCAUAAUGACUUUCAGUGGAGCUCUCCCCUAGCACAUCUGGGUACCAGGCUGGACAAGAAAGCAUGCAACGUCUCCUAGACCAUUCUCCAGAGCAGCCACUCUCUGUGGAGAACUGAAUGGCCCUGGGCUGGGUCAGGAUCCCUUUGUAGGUCCUGCCAUGGGCCAAGGAUUUGUGAUGGUGUCUGGAGCCUCAGAUCUGAAGAGGAAACAGCUAUUAGGGAGAGAAUCGCUGACCACCUGGCCUUGCAGAUGCCUCUGAGAGAGGGAGAGAGGUGGGCUAAUAACCCCUAAGGGAAGGUCUGAGGCUUUUCUGUGGGUUAGGCCUCCUUUCCCAGCCCUGGGCUGGGAUAACCUUUGGUUUAGCAAAGAGAGAGUCUGUCAAGAGGUCAGUCUUUCUAAGACACAGGCGGGAGAAACCUGGAUGAGAUUUUCCUUUCCUGACCUCCAUCUCCUUAUCCUACCACUACCACCAUGUGUGUGUACACACCAGCACACUGGCGUGCUUUCUCUCUUAAGUUCCCUAGGUCCCUUGAUUAAAAAGCACUAAUAUUUGUCUCAUUGCCAGGAACUGGUACAGUUUCUCUCUUGAGCCCCUUUCUGGAUCUGAGAUGCAAGGGAGACAGGACAGGCUCUGUUCUCUUUUAGCUAAAGAAAUAGGGGAAGUUAAUGAAUUUCUUCAAGUCUCCAUUUUCUGAGCACUAAACUGGGAAGGAAGUCCUCAAAGGGUUGUAAAGGAAGUGCCAUUGAAGCACCUUGCCCAAUGCCUCCCAGCAGGUGCCCAGGAAAGACUGGUGCCUUGCCCCCUGAGGCUGACUCCCUGUCUUUGCCCUGGGGUGCAAUCACUUCCUCAUCUAUGGAUGAGGCAGAACCCAUGAGAGCUAAGCACUGGUCAGGAAGGGCCACCUAGGUAUGUACCCUCCCCCACUCCCUUGUAGACUGGUCCUAGUGCCCUUACUUGCUCUAACUUGGUAGACUAGUGCACAUUGUAUGCAGAAACCUGUGUCCCCACAAGUUCACUGGAGAAGAUCUCAGAGGAGUAGAGGCAGAGAACUUGGUCUUAUGAGCUAAAGGCCUGAUGGAGACACAGGAUUCAGGCAUGAUAGAACAAGAACCAAAAGUUUAAACCCACCAUGCUAGAAGGGUUUGAGGAAUUGAGAAAAUGUAGCUACGGUGAUAAGAUGGCAGGGCUGGGAGAAGUGGGGAAGGACCCUUGAAGUAUAACGAGUCACGCAUGGAGCCCCCUUCUGGACCUCCUGAACUGUCCUGCUCUAAAGGCUUUGGGCUUAGAGGAGUUCAUGAAAUUCCAGUCCAGAGUACCUGUGACUUGAGAGAAGGAGGACAGAGCCACUGUGUGGUAAUUUUCCCCAUCCUAACCAUCUGUAUCUUCUCCAGGAUCAGUCAUGUAUUUCCAUGUCCUUCAACCUGCUGUGUGAGCAUGUUGUUCUAUUGUGUGGUCAGCAUGACGAAUCAACGAAUGAAAUUUAAUAUUAUUUUCAAAUAAAAUUGAUUUAUCUUAUAGUUAACAACUUAAA